GCUCAUCCUCAUCCCCUGUGGUGCCUGGUGGAGAGCAGUGGACACGGCAGUCCAGAGGAGGGAAGACGGUCCUGCAGCAGAGGUGAUCUGACACCGAGGAGGCGCAAUCAAUGAGGGAGAAAACCGAAAAGUGAACUGCAUACGAAGCCCGUGCGUUUCAGCGCCCUCUGAUCGUGAGGGUGAGGAGGGGGGCGAUUUAAAAACAAGCCUUCCCUCAUAUUUUACUCGGCUCUGACCAGGACAUACCUAUUAACUAGCUGCCAAGAUGGGAAACCGGGGGAUGGAGGAUUUGAUUCCUCUGGUGAACCGCAUGCAGGAUGCCUUCGCGUCCAUCGGUCAAAAUGCGAACCUGGACCUGCCGCAGAUCGCCGUGGUCGGCGGGCAGAGUGCCGGGAAGAGCUCGGUGCUGGAGAACUUCGUCGGCAAGGAUUUCCUUCCCCGUGGCUCUGGCAUUGUCACCCGUCGCCCUUUGGUGCUGCAGCUCAUCAAUUGUCCCACAGAAUAUGCCGAGUUCCUCCACUGUAAGGGGAAAAAGUUCACAGAGUUCGAUGAGGUUCGGCAGGAGAUUGAAGCAGAGACCGACCGUGUCACUGGAGCCAACAAAGGCAUCUCGCCUGUGCCCAUCAACCUGCGGGUCUAUUCUCCUCAUGUGCUGAACCUGACCCUGGUGGACUUACCGGGAAUGACCAAGGUGCCAGUGGGCGACCAACCGGCCGACAUUGAGUUCCAGAUCAGGGACAUGCUGUUACAGUUUGUCACCAAGGACAACUGCCUGCUGCUGGCCGUCUCCCCUGCCAACUCCGACUUGGCCAACUCCGACGCGCUAAAGAUUGCCAAAGAAGUUGACCCACAAGGUCUCAGGACCAUUGGUGUGAUCACCAAGCUGGACCUGAUGGAUGAAGGGACAGAUGCUAAGGAGAUCCUGGAGAAUAAGCUGCUUCCACUGAGGAGGGGUUACAUUGGUGUCGUGAACAGGAGCCAGAAGGACAUCGACGGCAAGAAGGACAUCAACGCUGCUAUGGGUGCAGAGAGGAAGUUCUUCCUCUCCCAUCCAUCAUAUCGACACCUGGCCGACCGUAUGGGCACUCCCUACCUCCAGAAAGUUCUCAAUCAGCAACUGACCAACCACAUCCGGGACACCCUGCCGGGGUUGCGGGCAAAGCUGCAGAGUCAGCUCCUUUCCAUAGAGAAGGAGGUGGAGGAGUACAAGAACUUCAGACCUGACGACCCGUCUCGCAAGACCAAGGCCCUGCUACAGAUGGUGCAGCAGUUCUCUGUGGACUUUGAGAAGCGUAUUGAGGGCUCUGGAGAUCAGAUUGACACAGCCGAGCUGUCAGGAGGUGCGAGGAUCAACCGCAUCUUCCAUGAACGCUUCCCCUUCGAACUGGUGAAGAUGGAGUUUGAUGAGAAAGAGCUACGCAAGGAGAUCAGCUACGCCAUCAAGAACAUCCAUGGCAUCAGAACUGGCCUCUUCACCCCGGACAUGGCCUUUGAGACCAUUGUGAAAAGGCAGAUUGGGAAGAUUAAAGAGCCUUGCACCAAAUGUGUCGACAUGGUCAUAUCUGAGCUAGUCAAUACGGUUAGGCAGUGUACCAAGAAGUUGGCUCAGUACCCCAUGCUGAGAGAGGAGAUGGAGAGAAUUGUUACCCAGCACAUCAGAGACCGUGAAAGCCGCACUAAAGACCAGGUGCUGCUGCUGAUCGACAUCGAGCUCUCCUACAUGAACACCAACCACGAGGACUUCAUUGGAUUUGCCAAUGCUCAGCAGAGGAGCAACCAAAUGAACAAGAAGAAGGCGGCUGGCAAUCAGGAUGAGAUCAUGGUCAUCAGGAAGGGCUGGCUGACCAUCAACAACAUCGGCAUCAUGAAGGGAGGAGCCAAGGAGUACUGGUUCGUCCUCACCGCCGAGUCCCUGUCCUGGUACAAGGAUGAUGAGGAGAAGGAGAAGAAGUACAUGCUGCAGGUGGAUAACCUGAAGCUGAGGGAUGUGGAGAAAGGCUUCAUGUCCAGCAAGCAUAUCUUUGCCCUCUUCAACACUGAACAAAGGAAUGUGUAUAAAGAUUACCGUCAGCUGGAGCUGGCCUGUGAGACUCAGGAGGAUGUUGAUGGAUGGAAGGCCUCUUUCCUCAGGGCUGGAGUUUAUCCUGAACGAGUGACGGAGAAGGAAGGGAAGGGUGAUGGCGGAGAUGAGAAUGGUUCAGACUUCACACACAGCAUGGACCCGCAGCUGGAGCGGCAGGUAGAGACCAUUCGUAACCUGGUCGACUCCUACAUGGCCAUCGUCAAUAAGACCGUCCGCGACCUGAUGCCGAAGACCAUCAUGCAUCUCAUGAUCAACAAUACGAAGGACUUCAUCAAUGCGGAGCUGCUGGCCCAGCUGUACUCCUGCGGUGACCAGAACUCGCUGAUGGAGGAGUCGCAGGAGCAGGCUCAGCACCGCGAUGAGAUGCUGCGGAUGUACUACGCCCUGCGAGAGGCGCUCGGCAUCAUCGGUGACAUCAGCACGUCCACCAUAAGCACUUCCAUGCCGCCGCCUGUGGAUGACUCCUGGCUGCAGGUGCAGCGUGGCGGCUCUGGAGGAAGGUCUCCUGCUACCAGUCCAACUCCAAACCGCAGGGCCCCACCGGGGCCCCCGGCCCGCCCAGGCUCUCGUGGGCCGCCACCUGGGCCUCCUCCAGCUGGGGGACCUCCAGUCCCCUCUCGCCCGGGGUCGUCCCCCGACCCUUACAGUGGGCCCCCACCCACCGUGCCCUCCAGGCCUAACCGCGCACCUCCAAGUGUGCCGAGCCGGCCAAACAAGGGCGGGCCCUCCCGCCCCGAGAGCCCCCUGCCGCCAUUCGAGUCGUAGAAGACCCCACCCUCACAUUUCCCAUAACUGUCUUCCUAUGACCUCCUCUCUUUCAAACAUCAUCCCGUCACUGGCCACACCAGCCCAUGAAACAGACUGCCCCUCUAUCAUUCACUCAGUCACCUCACCAACGCUCCGUGAGGGAGGAGAGCGUAGACGAAAAGCAGGGGAACAGAAUGAGAAGACGCCUACAAGACGCUCUCCUCUCUCUCACGUACCUGGAUGGACAGACAGCCAGUGUCUCUCCAUCCUCCUUUUCUUCCUCUCUCUCCUUGCAGUAGGAUGGAAGGAGCCGUGAUCACCUGUGAAAACUUCUGGAUCUCUGGCCCUGCUGUAGCGGCCAGAAGGCCUCACUGCCGCUCAUGAAUUGAACUGUCUGUUGUGUAACUGCUUACCGUCUCGUCCACCUGUAUCUGAACGGCACGCAAAACUGUCCAGCUAGCUGUUAAAUCCCACACACUCAGCUGUAUAAACGUCUUUCACACAAUUUCCCGACAUGAAAACAAUAAGACAUGCUGUUGUCUGUGCUUCCACAGGACCUAUGCAAUACCAGAGCAGUGGUGUCACAAAGAAAAACGUUUCCCCAAAUCAGAUUUGUGGCUGAAAGAGGUGCUUCUGAUGGUCCUUUUCCCACCACCACCUCCUCUCCUUUUCAACCUACUUCCUCAUUAAUGAAGCUGCAUUACUUUAGUGAGGCGGGAUCUAAAUAGGAAGUGCAAUAUGUAUCCUUCUUGGAUGGCCGAUUGGCAGCCACUUGCCCACCAAUCACAAAAGAAACAGGAUAAACGAUUUCGUUUGAGAGGAGGGGGGAGUCGCACCCUUUCUUUAUUCAGAGAUUUGGAAGAAGGCUCCUCAUGUAAGGUGCUGAGGCUGUGACAGGGAAGAUAUUUAAAAAUAUCGUCUGAAAUAUUAGUGUUUCUACGUAGUUAUAUUACUUAAUGUAGAAGGGUUGAUGCAUAAAAUGUCUUAUAUACAUAUGGACACAGGAACAAUGACAUUUUUGUCAUGAUUUAUGAUGUCAUCUCUUCCUUUUCUUUUUUUCCCCUUUCUUUUUUCCUC